AACCCCAACCAUGCUUCUCCUAGAUGCCCGGACCCACAUUCCUCACAGUGUCCUGCUGAUGAUCCUGUUUCUGCAAUUUAAAGACGUGAAACACUUUUCUAAUGAAUCAUGGUGUACUCCAGAACGUAGCAUAUUGCUGUCAACUUUUGGGAGCAGCUAUGAAAGAGCUGAAGGUGAUCCAGCCUGAGAAAUCAGUUUCUGUUCCUGCUGGAGGAUCGGCCACUCUGAAUUGCACAGUGACAUCCCUGUUACCGGUGGGGCCCAUCAAGUGGCUCUGUGGUACAGGAAACACUCGACGGUUGAUAUAUACUUUCACAGGUGAACACUUCCCCAGAGUAACAUAUGUGACAGAUGUAACAAAGAGAAACAACAUGGACUUUUCCAUCCGCAUUAGUAAUGUCACUCCUGCUGAUGAGGGUACUUACUACUGUGUGAAGUUUCAGCAAGGAUUAUCAGGGCCGGACAUUGAAAUUCAGUCUGGAGGUGGCACUGAGUUGUUAGUACUUGAAGCAGCUAUGAAAGAGAUGAAGGUGAUCCAGCCUGAGAAAUCAGUUUCUGUUCCUGCUGGAGGGACAGCCACUCUGAAAUGCACAGUGACAUCUCUGUUACCGGUGGGACCCAUCAAGUGGUUCCGUGGUACAGGAAUCAGUCGACACUUGAUAUAUACUUUCACAGGAGAACACUUCCCCAGAGUAACAAAUGUUUCAGAUGUUACAAAGAGAAACAACCUGGACUUUUCCAUCCGCAUCAGUAAUGUCACUCCUGCUGAUGUGGGUACCUACUACUGUGUGAAGUUCCAGAGAGAACUAAAAGAUCCUGACACUGAAAUUCAGUCUGGAGGUGGCACUGAGUUGUUAGUACUUGAACUGAAGACAUCAGGUUGUGCUAAAAUCCUUGCAGCUGUGCUCCUUGGAUCCAAACUACUGCUGGUAAUUGCUGUCAUUGUCAUUUACAGGCACAAGAUGCAAAGUGCCUAAAUGUAAGUUAGGAGGGAUAGAGAUGUAUUUGUUAAAUUUCUAUUACUGUAAUAGAAAUCAAUCCUUGUCUAAAAUAGUUUUUGGAUAAAAGGGUUUAUUUGGCCUUUAUUUCAGUGUCUCAUGAGUCCAUAAUGCUGGGAAGUAGUGGCAGUCAAUAAAGACAACUGAGUGCUCACAUUCUUAACCAUAAAGGAUGAACCAGAUUGAAGAAAUAGGAAGUGAAAAAGGUGUUUAACUUCAAAGUUCAGUAUUUGUGAAAUACUUCUUCUAGCAGUGCUGCAACACCUAAAUCUUCCAAAGAGCAAUACCAACUGGGAACCAAGAUUCAGUAUCCUACUUAGUAUAAAGGGAACAAUUCGUGUUCAAACACCAGAUUGAUGCUAGUCUAUGGAGCUCAGAGAAGGGGAAAGAUCAAUAGGAGGGUCAUGCUCUUUAUUACACAUUAUUUAGACAUAGAGCUUCCUCAAGAAUAUCAAAGGGUACUUUGAGACAUCCUAACUUUCCAGAAAGUCUGUUCAUAUUGUAGAAUUGUCAGUCCAGGAACAAUAGGGAUGCUCAAGGUGUUUUAGAAGAUAGGCUGACCCUUGGCCUGGGGGUUGGAUAGCCUGUAUUAGCCUCAAACUUCUAUUUGAGGUUAUUACAGAAAAAGACAAAGAGUGCAUGGAAAAGAUCAACCUAGAUUAUGUGCCAAAAUUUAGACAUUUCAUGUGGCCUGUAAAAAUGACUGUGUCUGCUUUGAUCUGGCUGUCAUCAUGGAGAAUAGACUUAGAAGAUUACAUGAUUCAGGAGCUAGACUGAAAUUCUACAUGUUACUUUGUUGAUAUGGGUAUCUUAUUCACUCAGGACAGGAGUGCUAAGAGAAGAGCUGUAUCAGGGACACCAUAGAACUAAGAAAAUUUAUAAAUGAUGAAUGAAGUAUCCAGUCAGAAUUAAUUCUCCAUAGUUUUCCCUUUCAUCCUCCACCACACUGGAGCCUAAAUAUCUGCCAACACCUUCCUAGUAGGGGAACAGCAUGGAAAUAGAUGCUAAUGAGAAGCCAUUGAAGACUCCUCAAAAGACAACAUUAGAAGGACAACUUCAGCUCACAAUUUCCUGUUGUUUUUUUAUUGCUAUAGGCAUUUGUAUUAUUAUCCCAGAGCUUUAAUGUUGUGCAUAUUGAGUUAUGUUUUUGGUAUCUUUAUUUUCAUUAUUAAAAUAAUUCAAGGAUGUCUAUA